AUGCCUUCCUCUCAAGUAUCUCAAUUAUAUCUGGACACUGUGAUUGGGUUUAACGGGUUAGUUCCAGAUGGGCUUCAUCUGCAUCCGAAUCAAAAGCAUAUUAUUUAUCCAUUGGGAUCCACCGUUGUCAUUAAGGAGUACUCUAACAUGGGUGUAGAUGAAUUCUUAGCUGGUCAUUCAGGUCCAAUCAGUUGUAUUGCAGUUUCAAAAUCCGGUCAAUAUAUUGCCACAGGACAAUCUACUCAUAUGGGAUUCAAGGCAGAUAUCAUUGUUUGGGACUUUGAAGGACGAAAAUUAAUGCACAGGUUGAAUUUGCAUCAUGCCAAAGUAGAAUGUCUUGCCUUCAGCGACGACGAAGAACUACUUGUCAGCGUAGGAGGAAAGGAUGACAAUUGUAUUACUGUAUGGAACGUUCAGAGUGGUAAACCAAUUUGUGGUACCAACACAACUGCUCUCGGAACUUGUGUUCAGUUCUUCCAUAACGACAGAAGCACUUUUAUGAUGGCUGGUAAACAAAUUUGUAGAGUCUACACCAUUGAUUUUGUUAAUAAGAGAUUAGAUUUUGUUGACUGUAAUUUAGGACAAAUCAAGAGAAUUUUUACGAGUCUUUUAAUUGAUAUAGAUGACAGUCAUGCCUACGUUGGAAGUUCGUCUGGAGAUAUUCUUUGUGUUCAACUUAAGGGACCAAAGAAUUAUAAAUUUUUAGGACCAAAAGACAAAAUCAUGCAAGGGGUUCUCAGUUUGUGUUUUUCACCUUCAGGUAAAUCAAUUUUUGUUGGAGGUGGUGAUGGAAGCGUAACAGUUGUCAAUAAGGAGAAUUUACUGAAAGUUGCUUCAACCCUGUUAAUGGGAGGUGUCACCUCUAUUUGUUGCAAGGAAAGUGAUAACUCUUUCAUAUGUGGAACAAACCAAUCCGUCAUUUAUUCAAUGAAAGGCUCAGGAAAGCUUGAAGCCAGCUUGAUUGCAACUUGUCACAACCACAGAAUCAACGAUGUAUGCUACCCAAGAGAAGCCAGCGAAAUUAUUGCCACAUGUUCGGUCAAUGACAUUAGGGUUUGGAACAUUCAAAAAUCCAAAGAGCUAUUGAGAAUUCAAGUUCCUAAUCUUGAAUGUAAUUGUAUCAUCUUUAGUCCCACUGGAAAUGCCAUCAUUAGUGGUUGGAGUGAUGGAAAAAUUCGAGCCUUUGGUCCCCAAAGCGGAAAGCUUUUAUACGUUAUCAAUGACGCUCAUAAAAUUUUGGGACAAAAGAAGGUUUCAGGAAGACUGAUAGGAGUGACUGCAAUUGCCAUGAGCCAUGACUCUGAAAGAAUUGUCAGUGGAGGAAGUGAUGGUCAAGUCCGAGUAUGGCAAAUAACAAAAACAUCUCAAAUUUUGGUUGCCUCAAUGAAUGAACACAAAGCUACUGUAAAUGCCAUUCAAAUCAAGAAGGAUGAUUCAGAGUGUAUUAGUGCCAGCGAUGACGGAACAUGUAUUGUAUGGAAUUUAGAUAAGUUUGUCAGAGCAAAUAUUAUUUAUGCCCAAACGUACUUUAGACAAAUAUGCUACCUCAACGAUGAGUCUCAGAUGCUGACUUGUGGGUCUGACAAGCAGAUCACUUAUUGGGAUGCCUAUGACUGCACAGCUAUUAGAGAAUUAAGAGAAGCGGAGGACGAUGAAAUCAAUACGCUUGACAUUGACCCUGAGGGCCAAUACUUUGUUUCGGCAGGAAAGCACAAAUCGGUAAAUGUUUGGCAUUACGACCAUGGAGAAGUCAUCCAACAAGGAUUUGGACAUGCCGAUACUGUAACUAAGGUAAAGUUCAGUCCUUGUGGAAGGUUUAUAUGCAGUGUUGGAGAGGAGGGAGGAAUUUUCAUUUGGAGGCCUUCAGGUGUCCAAUAA